AGCCCGACCUUCGACGACGUAAAAAGUUGGGGUGAAUCGUUUGAAAAAUUAAUGAAAAGUAAGGGUGGCAGAAAAGUUUUUAGGGAAUUUUUACGGUCGGAAUAUAGUGAAGAAAAUAUGUUAUUUUGGUUAGCUUGUGAAGAGUUAAAACAGGAAGCAACACCAGAACAAGUGGAGGAAAAAGCUAGAUUAAUAUAUGAAGAUUAUAUAUCUAUAUUAUCACCUAAAGAGGUUAGUUUAGAUUCUAGAGUACGAGAAGUAAUUAAUAGGAAUAUGGUCGAUCCCACGCCCAAUACAUUUGACGAAGCACAAUUACAAAUAUUUACUUUAAUGCAUCGAGACUCAUAUCCACGUUUUCUAAACUCUCAAAUAUAUAAACGGCUUGUUCAACAAACUUCAUGA